AUCCGAAUUGUUCAACUGCUGAAAUUCUCAAGCCGCACCUUAUUCUCCGAGGUGCCUUAUCUGCGGUUUGCUCCACGUACCAAGCUCUGCUUGGAUUCCGCGCAGUAUUGUUGCUUGCGCACUCGCAAGCCAAUCUUAGCCACCUCAGUAACGCGUGCCUGUAACAUUCUCUGAAACCACCAUUCCGAGGCGCUCCUAGCGUUUUUCCUCGACUCCCGCAGCUUUCAAACCUACCGCCAGUCAUGACGGGCCGCGCCAAAUGCCUCCUCGCCGUCGCGCUGCUCCUCUCAUCCACGUGGCAAUGCCUCGCCGUCAAAUGACCGCCCGCCCCCCAGUCCACGUCACUCUACAUCGUGCGCCUGCGCUCCGCCCUUCCGCUCGCCGCAUAUCGUGGCGGCAUCGCGAGCUUCUCAGGAUGGACGGAAGGCGACGACGACGAUCAUGCCACCGUCAGCUCUGCCGGUCCGUCAGGCCUGCGGGCGACGGACGCGACGGUGGCGUACGAGACGGCGGCGCUGGGCGGCAGCGUUCCGCGGCGCGCGCGGCUGAGUUUGGAAAAUCCGCAGCUCAAGGCAUACGCGGCCAUGCUCGAGACGCAGCAGACGCGGGUCGCGUCUGACGUGGGCGUCGCGGCAGACAGCGUCGUGUACAGCUACAAGCACGCGAGCCACGGGUUCGCAGCAACCCUGUCUCUGCAGCAGGUGCGGCGCCUGCAACGGCACGCAGCCGUGGCGGCGGUGGAGCGCAGCCACACCGUGCGCCCGCUCACCAUCGACUCGCCCACCUUCCUCGGCAUGCGCGCCGCCGGCUCCCUGUGGCCUGCGAAUGGCGGGCAGGCGAAGGCGGGCGAGGGUAUGGUGAUCGGCAUCGUGGACACGGGCAUCUGGCCCGAGCACCCGUCUUUUAGUGCCACGGGCUUUUCCUCUGCCCGCCCCGCGGGUUGGUCGGGGAAGUGCGACACGACGAGCGAGUUCAAGUGCAACAACAAGAUCAUCGGCGCACGGGCGUUCUACAAGGCGUUCAAGAAAGCAAACGGCAUGCCGGAUCUAACCUCGGACUGGCUGUCACCACGGGAUUCCGCCGGCCAUGGCUCGUGGUGUGCCAGCGCAGCAGCGGGCAACAAGGACAUUCCGAUGGAGGGCGGCAAAGCCAGCGGCAUGGCGCCAGCAGCGCGCGUGGCGAUGUACAAGGUGUUUUGGGUGUCCAAGGGCCAGAUGUUCGGCGAGGGCGCCGACAUCGUGGCCGCGGUGAACCAGGCUGUAGCGGACGGCGUGGAUGUGAUCUCGCUGUCGCUGGGCGGCAUGGACCCCGCCGACACCUACUUCAGCCACAUGCCGUACCUUGCUGCUAACCUGGCGGGGGUGUUUGUGACAUAUGCAGCGGGGAACUCGGGGUCACCUGGCAGCGGGGGCUCAAACGACUACCGCUCGCUCGACAACUUCUCGCCCUUCUACCUCACCGUCGGCGCCAGCUCCAUUGCCCGUGGCGGUGUAACCCUAAAGGCCACAGCAGCAGCAGCCACAGCUCUCGGCAACUCAUCCACUGCCACCCCUGCAGCCACCCCUGUCCCCUGGAUUGCCGAUUUCUCCUCCACCGGACCCGUCCAGGACCCCUCCACCGACGCCACCAGCGCCCUGCCCACCAACAGCAUCUUAAAGCCCGACAUCAUCGGCCCGGGAGUAUCCCUGUACGCAGCGUGGCCGGGCACGAGCGUGGGCGACAAGGGGACGGAUGCGCAGCUGUCAGGGACGUCGAUGGCGACGCCUCACCUGGCGGGCAUUGCUGCUCUCAUCAUGCAGAAGUACCCCUCGUGGAGCCCCGCGCAGGUCAUGUCCGCCAUUAUGACAACUGCCAGGACCACCGAUACCAGUGGGGCUCCUAUUCAGACUGCGUACGGAGAGGCCGCUACUCCAUGGGACAUGGGCGCCGGCCAUGUGCUCCCUGCAAAGGUGCUGGAUCCUGGGCUUACCUACGAUGCACGGGCAGCGGCUUACCGGAAUUUCCUUGCUGGGCAGAGUCUGAAGCGUGCGCAGAAAGAGUUUCCGAGCGCUAAGCUUAUGAAGACAGCUCCCCGCAUGCUGAACCGGCCAAGCAUCUCAAUCUCGCGACUGAAAGGGACGCUUACUGCAACCAGGAUGGUUACAAGCGUUGCAGCCUCAAAAAGCACGUACACAGCAAAUAUCAAACCCCCUACUGGCGUGUCAGUUACUGUGUCACCAACCAGCUUCACCAUUUCUCCUGGUGAAAAGCUUACAUAUACUGUGACCUUCACGGUAACCAAGAUAUCCGAAUACUUCCAGUUUGGAAGCCUAACUUGGGUGGAUGAUACGGGACACUCGGUAAGAUCGGUGCUUGCAAUUCAGCCGGUCAUGAAGUAACGAGUGUGUGCACUAAAUAAUAGUAGCAUCAGCCGCAUCCUGUGCGCCAAUGCUGUUAUACGAUUUGACAUCUUAUUCAGUGGAUGAAGCGGUCGGGGUUGUGUGGUGUGAUGUUUGCUGGGUUGCUUCUUUAGCAUAGCAUAGUUGGUUGCUUGAUAAUAAUGCUCUUGCAUAAAC